GAUAAAAAAGGUAUAGAAUUUGUGGUGAUUAUGGACGGUCAGGCAACUAAUAUUUCAACUCAGGUAAUCAGUCGACAAACAAGCCUGAAGAGUUGCGAACAAAGUCUUCCGGCUCGGCAUGUCCAAAGUCGGAACUUUGUACGAAUGAAACUCCUCGAUUACUAUACUGCGGAGUCUCUGAUCUUUCUCUUGAAAAACCCAAGAGAUUUCUUCGUUGCUUUUCAUUAUCUUUUUUCCUGUCAAUUCUUGUAAGCUAUGGCUGGGAAAGGCGAGGGUCCGGCGAUUGGGAUCGAUUUGGGAACAUGCUACUCCUGCGUGGCAGUUUGGAAACAUAAUCGGGUGGAGAUCAUACCCAAUGAUCUGGGGAACCGAAAAACACCAUCUUGUGUAGCUUUCAAUGAGACUCACCGUUUGAUCGGUGAUGCGGCCAUGGGCCAGACAGCCAUGAAUCCAACCAACACUGUUUUUGACUCUAAACGUUUGAUUGGAAGGCGAUUCAAUGAUGCCUCAGUGCAACAUGACAUGAAAUUGUGGCCAUUCAAGAUGAAUGCUGACCCUGAUAAUGGGAGGCCCAUUAUUGUUGUUACCUACAAGUACGAGGAAAAGCAGUUUCUGGCUGAAGAAAUCUCUUCAAUGAUUCUCAUAAAGAUGAAAGAGAUUGCAGAGGCUUAUUGUGGUUCAAAGAUCAAGAGUGCUGUUAUCUCUGUCCCUGCUUGUUUCAAUCACUCACAACGUCAAGCCACAAUGGAUGCUGGUGUCAUUGCUGGCCUAAAUGUGACGUGUAUUAUCAACGAUCCAAUUGCUGCUGCUUUAGCAUAUUGGCUUGAAAAGGAGUGUGGUACUGGUGAGAAGAAUGUGCUCAUCUUUGAUCUUGGUGGUGGCACGUUGGAUGUCUCGCUUCUCACCAUUGAAGAGGGUAUCUUUGAAGUGAAAGCUACAGCUGGUGAUACCCACUUGGGGGGUGAAGAUUUUGACCAUAGAAUGGUGAAUCAUUUCGUUCAAGAGUUCAACGCAAAGCAUAAGAAGAAUAUUACUGGAGUUAAGGCUCUUAGGAAGUUGUCGACUGCUUGUGAAAGGGCUAAGAGGAUUCUGUCAUCUAUUACAAGAACACCGAUCGAGAUUGAUUCUUUGUAUGAGGGUAUUGACUUCUACUCAAACAUCACUCGAGCCAGUUUUGUGGAGCUUAACAAGGACUUAUUCUCCAAGUGUAUAGAGCUUGUUGAGAAGUGUUUGAAAGAUGCUAAGAUGGAUAAGAACAGUGUCCAUGAUGUGGUUCUGGUUGGAGGGUCUACCAGGAUCCCCAAGGUUCAGCAAUUGUUGCAGGACUUCUUCGGUGGAAAGGAGCUCUGCAAAAGGAUUAACGCCGAUGAGGCAGUUGCCUAUGGUGCUGCUGUUCAGGCUGCAAUCCUUAGCAGUGAGGGUAAUGAGAAGGUGCAGGACUUCUUGUUGGUGGAUGUCACUCCUCUUUCCCUUGGUUUGGAGACUGCUGGAGGUGGCAUGACUGCGUUGAUUCCGAGAAACACCUGCAUUCCCACUAAGAAGGAGCUAGUUUUCUCAACCUACUCUGACAACCAGCCCGGUAUGCCGAUCCAGGUGUAUGAGGGUGAACGAAGCAGAGCCUGUGACAACAACUUGCUGGGCAAGUUCGAGUUAUCUGGCAUUCCUCCUGCUCCUAAGGGAGUUCCUCAAAUCCAUGUGUGCUUUGACAUUGAUGCCGACGGUAUUUUGGAUGUCUCUGCCGAGGAUAAAACCACUGGCAAUAAGAACAAAAUUACAAUCACCAAUACGGGCCGGCUCUGCAAGGAAAAGAUGGAGAAGUUAGUGGAGGAGGCGAAGAAGUACAAGGCUGAGGAUGAGGAGUAUAACAUGAAGGUCGAGAAAAAGAAUGAACUGGAGAAGUACGCUUACAACAUGAGGAAAACAUUUAAAGAUGAGAAGUUUUCAGCCAGGGUCCCAUCUGCUAACAGGAAGAAGAUUGAAGAUGCAAUCGAGAAGGCUAUUGAUUGGGUCGAAGGCAACCAACUUGCUGAGGCCGAUGAAUUUGAAUACGAGAUGAGCGAGCUGGAGAGAAUAUGCAAACCGUUCAUUAUGAACCAGGCUCAGGAGGCUGAUCAGCAGUAUGUGGUUCAGGUCGAUCAGAAGCAUAAGAAGAUGAUUGAGAAGAAGGUGAAGAAGGCAGAGAAGGCCAUCCCCGAGGAUAGGGAGCAUCAGAAGAAGGUGGAGGCAAGGAAAGUAUUGGAAAAUUGUGCUUACUACAUGAGGUACAGAAUCAGAGAAGUGAAGAAUGCUUUGGCAAAGGCUGAAGAUGAAAUUGAGCAGACCUUCCGCUCGCUUGAUAGGAACCAGUUCGUGGAGGCACAAGAGUUUGAGAAUAGGACGAAGGAGCUGGAGGGUAUUUGUUACCCUUUCAUGGCCAAGAUGUACCAAUGAGCUGGUAGUGAGAAGAGUUUAUAGCUAGAUUCAGCUUCUCAUUGUAUUAUGGGUGUCCUUGGGUUGGGUGUUUUAACUUUUAUUUCGUUAGAUUUGGCUUAGGUGGCGUGUUGCAGUUUUUUCAAAGGUUCAAAUUUGAUUUUA